AUGACGACACCUCUCCCCGACCCGCAAGUAACAGAAACACCAACAAGACACCCAACAAUCUGCCUCGCCCUCUCAACACCCCUCCUCUCCACAUUACGACGAAUCCUGCCACCAAAACCCCAUUUCACGCUCUCAAUCGGUAGCGGAACAGGCCUCCUCGAAGCCCUCCUGGUACAGCAUGACCCCUCCGCUACCAUUGCAGUGGAAGGGGUUGAGGUGGACUCCGCUGUGAAUCGGUAUAUACCUGAGCAGGAUAUGCACGUUGUUCCUGGCGCGUGGGCUACUUCGGGUAGGGCGUUAGCAGCCGCAGCUUGGUUGUUUGUUUAUCCUAGGGAAGUGGGGUUGGUGGGGGAAGUAUUUGGAUUUGGGAAUGGGUUUGGGGUCGACUGGCCAGAUUAUGAGGGUGUUUUUGCCAAGUCGUUAUUUUCGGCGUUGACCUUUUUGGGGGAAACAGAAGGUCUGGCGCCGUACGAGGUUGGGGUUGUUGCGAGGCGAAGUGUGUCUUGA